GCUACUUCUUGUAAGUAGCAGCAAUAAUUCAGCCUUAAUCAUCUGUCUCCGAAGAGAAUGAAUGCUGAGAGAUGAAGCUAACCCUAUAUUUCUGCAACUUUACCUGAGGAAGAAAGAGGAGGGUACGGGUAUGUUCUUGCUUUGCCCACAGAUCUUCUAGGAAAGUUACUUAAGAAGAAGAAGAAGAAGAAAUUAUGGCUACACUUGGAGAUGUAGGCUUGGCAGCGGCUGUAAAUAUCAUCAGUGCGAUUGUUUUCUUAGUAGCCUUUGCGAUAUUAAGGCUCCAACCAUUCAACGACAGGGUUUACUUCCCAAAAUGGUACUUACGUGGAUUAAGAAGCAGUCCAGCGACAUCAGGAGCGUUUGUGAACAAAUUCGUUAAUCUAGAUUACAGAUCGUAUCUAAAAUUUCUGUCUUGGAUCCCUGCUGCACUUAGAAUGCCAGAACUUGAUCUUAUUGAGCAUGCUGGUUUAGAUUCUGCUGUUUAUUUGCGGAUUUACCUUGUUGGUCUUAAGAUUUUCGUUCCUAUCACCAUCUUUGCUUGGAUUAUCUUGGUUCCUGUUAAUUGGACGAACGACACCUUAGAGUUAGACAAGUUGAUUGGUAAUGUGACCUACAGCGAUAUUGAUAAGCUUUCAAUCGCAAACAUUUCUCCUGAUUCGAACAGAUUUUGGGCUCAUAUUUUGAUGGCUUAUUUAUUCACCUUUUGGACUUGCUAUGUUUUAAAGACUGAAUAUGAGAAAGUUACUGCAAUGAGGUUGCAUUUUCUAGCAACAGAAAGACGCCGUCCAGAUCAAUUCACUGUUCUUGUUCGGAACGUUCCACCCGAUACUGAUGAAUCUGUUAAAGAGUCUGUUGAGCAUUUCUUCCUUGUUAAUCAUCCAGAUCAUUAUCUUACCAAUCAGAAUGUUUAUAAUGCAAACAAACUUGCAAACCUGGUGGAGGAGAAGAAGAAGAAGCAGAACUGGCUUGACUAUUAUCAGUUAAAAUAUUCCAGAGAUCCAACAAAACGACCUGUAAUUAAGAUUGGAUUCCUCGGUCUCUGCGGAGAUAAAGCCGAUGCUAUUGAUUACAUGACAUCAGAGAUUGAUGGAUUGUCUAAACAAAUAAGUAUCGAGAGAGAAAUGGUUGUGAACCAACCCGAGUCUACUAUGCCAGCGUCAUUUGUGUCGUUUAAAACUCGUUGGGGUGCUGCCGUUUGUGCGCAAACCCAACAAUCGAGGGACCCAACAGUUUGGUUAACUGAUUGGGCUCCAGAGCCUCGAGAUGUUUACUGGAAGAAUCUUGCCAUUCCAUACGUUCAACUUACAAUCAGGAAGCUUAUCAUUGCUGUUGCCUUCUUCUUCCUUACGUUCUUCUUCAUGAUCCCUAUCGCGAUUGUUCAAUCUCUUGCCAACAUCGAAAGCAUUGAGAAAGUUGCGCCCUUUCUCAAGUCCAUUAUCGAAGUACCUUUCAUCAAGGCAUUUGUCCAAGGUGUUCUUCCUGGGAUUGUUCUGAAGCUGUUUCUAAUAUUUCUACCAGCAAUACUUAUGAUAAUGUCCAAAUUUGAAGGAUUCAUAAGCAUAUCAUCUCUAGAGAGGAGAUCAGCCACUAGAUAUUAUCUCUUCAACUUUGUCAAUGUCUUCCUUGUAAGUGUAAUUGCCGGCUCUGCACUUCAACAGUUGAAGUCGUUCAUUAACGAAUCACCCAGCCAAAUUCCUAAAACAAUUGGUGUGGCAAUCCCACAAAAGGCUACAUUCUUCAUGACAUAUAUAAUGGUUGAUGGAUGGGCUGGUACAGCUGGUGAGAUCUUAAGAUUAAAACCUCUCAUAUUCUACCAUUUAAAGAAUUUCUUUUUGGUCAAAACUGAAAAAGACAGAGAAGAAGCCAUGAAUCCAGGAAGUCUCGGAUUCAACACCGGGGAACCUCAAAUACAGCUUUAUUUCUUACUCGGCCUAAUCUACGCAACCAUCACCCCAACUCUCCUCCCUUUCAUUCUGGUCUUCUUCGCCUUCACUUACAUUGUUUUUCGCCACCAAAUCAUAAACGUCUACAAUCAAGAAUACGAGAGCGCUGCAGCUUUUUGGCCUGACGUCCAUGGAAGGAUUGUUACAGCCCUGAUUAUUUCGCAGCUGUUACUUAUGGGACUAUUGAGUACCAAGGGAGGAGUAAUUGCUGCUAAGUCUACGCCGAUUCUCAUUUUUCUUCCUGUACUGACGUUUUAUUUCCAUAAGUUCUGUAAAGGGAAAUAUGAAUCUGCGUUUGUGAGAUAUCCGUUACAGGAAGCUAUGAUGAAAGACACGCUUGAGCGUGUGAGGGAACCGAAUAUUAAUCUUAAAGGGUAUCUUGAAAAUGCUUACUUGCAUCCGAUUUUCAAAGGAGGAGACGACGACGAUGAAGAUGUGGAAAGUGAUGACAUUAUCGAGAAAUGGGAUCAGGAAAGUGUGAUUGUUCCGACCAAACGUCAGUCAAGGAAAAACACUCCAGCUCCUAGCAAGAUGAGCGGUUAUUCAUCGCCUUCCUUAUCUGGGAUCAUCCAACAAGAUUAAUGGUGAUGAUUGCUCUUGGAACUGAACCUGGUGUACAGUGUAUUCCUAAUUUCUAGUAAGCAAUUCCUACACGUUUGUAAAGUAGAGGAGAGAAUCUCAGCUAUAUUGACAGUUUCUUAUUUAGUUAGGAAAGUGUUUCUAAAUGGCCAGAAUGUCAUGCCAGUGUGUAAUGAAUCGGGACUAGAUGGAAGUUAAAUAAGGUUAAAUUUUCACGA